AUGCCAAACGCCGGUCAAGCGCCUCCCAUCCUAGACUUCUCAAAGUUCUACCAAAACGACCCAGCAUCCAAGAAACAGCUCGUAGACGAAGUGCGAAACUGUUGCCUGCAUAAUGGGUUCUUCCAGAUCACAGGUCAUAACGUGCCAAUCGAGCUGCAAAACAGGAUGAUGGACUGGAACAAAAGGUUCUUCGACCUACCACUGGAGGAGAAGAAUAAAGUAAACAAGGACACAACCAACACCUGGAACCGCGGCUACGAGCUCCUCAAAUCGCAAAUCCUCGAAGCCGGCACCACGCCCGAACUAAAAGAAGGAUUCUACAUCGGCGACGAGAUCCCCAAAACGCACCCCUACUUCCUCAACAAGGCGCUCAACUCCGGACCCAACACGUGGCCGUCCGCCGCCUCCCUACCCAAUGUCCAAGACUUCAAAGAAACAUCCUUGGAAUACUACGCCCGCGUCGUCUCCCUCGCAAAAGACAUCUUAAAAGUCCUCGCCUUGACACUCGAUUUAGAAGAAACCUACUUCGACGCCUUCGCCACAGGCGCAGUAGCAACAAUGCGCCUCCUGCACUACCCGCCCCAACCCCGCUCGAGCCCCACGCACCUCACCCGCGGCAUAGGCGCGCACACAGAUUUCGGCUGCAUAACCAUACUCCUGCAAGACACCGUCUCCGGACUGCAAGUCUACGACCACGCCACGAAGGAAUGGCUCGAUGUAACACCCACCCCUGGUGCUUUCGUCAUCAACCUAGGCAAUCUGAUGAUGCGGUGGAGUAACGACCGGGGGGAGGGGGAGGGGGUGAGGUGGGGGGAGAUUACGGUUGAAGAGGCGAUUUUGGGGGGGUAUAGGGAGAGUUAUGGGAGGGCGGAUGAGUGGAAGAGGGGUCAGGAGGAGACGAGGAAAGGGGAGGGCGCGAAGAUGGAUGUUGGGGCGCAGGAGGUGGUUGUUGCGUAG